CCGGCGCCUGCUGGCGUUCGUCCCAAAGUAAUGGCAAAUGUAGCGAGAUUUAUUUGCGGAAUAGCACUAAGGCGGAGUGUUGUCGAUAUUCAGAGCUAUUCUACACUGACCGAGAUGUAACAGACGUGGAAUUAUUUUUUGCGACCACCAUUGGUGAUGGCAUGACCUGCUCACCCUGUGCUUCCGGCGCCUGCUGGCGUUCGUCCCAAAGUAAUGGCAAAUGUAGCGAGAUUUAUUUGCGGAAUAGCACUAAGGCGGAGUGUUGUCGAUAUUCAGAGCUAUUCUACACUGACCGAGAUGUAACAGACGUGGAAUUAUUUUUUGCGACCACCAUUGGUGAUGGCAUGACCUGCUCACCCUGUGCUUUGAGCUGCAAGAGCAUGCAAUGCAGUUGGAAUAAGAAAUGCGUCAAGCGCAAAGGCCGUCCAAAGUGUGUCUGUGCACCUGAAUGUGGGGCGGCUAAGCGGCACAAGCAACGAAGCCAACAGAGGACCUUUCGCGGACACGAACCACACAGCGAACAAUUGCGGCUGAAUAGGCACAUAGUACUAGGAAGCGAUGGCAUCAGCGGCGGCCGCGCUGGUGGUGGUGGUGUGGUUGGCAAAGCAGGCAACGGAGCCGGUAGCGCUACAUCGACGCUGUUCGGUGAAGGCAAGUCGCCACGCGACAUACGUAGUUUAAGUAGUGAAAUUACAAAUGUUAAUUUAGGUGUCGAACACCAAUUGCAAAUGCAACAACAAAACCAAAGAAAAAUGAUUAUAAUGCAAAGUCAAAGCCAACAGAAGCCUCAGUUAAGUAGACGAGUGGAGAAUUCGGGAAGACUUUUGAUAACGGCCAAUGCCGAGCAUGACACAGAGAAACCCGUCCAGCGACGAUUACAAAUCUUUAGCAAUAUAAGAACGAAUAGCAGACAUCACAAGAGCUUCGACGAUGACUUCAACAACGGUGAUGAAGACGAUGGUGACGAAAGUGCAGAGGGUGUGGAUGCUGAGGACAGAGAAGUUGAUGGCAACAAUGAAGAUGCUGAUAAUGAUGGUGAUAUUGAUGAUUGGUUAGACGAUGGCAGCGAAGAAGCAUCUUCCGGCAACCAUCGCCGGAGUAGCGAUGAUUCAGCAAGAACGCCAACGGCACCGCCGGAGUCACGACGAAGCUUAAACUUGCCGUCUAGACAUAAAACCAAUAAAAAUUCGAAUCACAACAAAAAAAGAAGGUUGCAUGAGAAUGAAAUGGAGGUUAGCAAGCGCCAACAGGAGAAUAGCAACAACAAUAAUUUCGCCAUAAUUAAACGUUUUCAGCUAGCCGCGUUACAACCGUCAGCUUCGUCACGAGUAACGGCAACAACAGCAGCAACGUCAAAUGCUAGACAACUCGAAAACGCUCCAAAUCACGAUGAGAUGUCGCUGGCGGCAGGAGGAGGCAUUCUGAACGGUAAUAGCGCUAACAAUAACAACAACAACAACAACAACCAUAAGACCAAUAGCAACAGUAGGAAUAACGUUAAUGGCGGCAGACAACGUGAACGUCAUCACCAUCAUCAGCAGCAUCAACAGCAGCAGCUGCAACGUAAACGCAAACAUCACCAGCAUCAGAAGCAACUACAACAACAACAACAUCAGCAACAAGAGCAACAACAGAAGCAGCAGCAGCAGCAGCAGCAGCAGCCGCCCCAUCAGCAAAGUGACCAUCAACACAAUCAUCGCGCGCAUAAAAAGCACAAAAAGCUGAAGGAUCACAAUGCAAACAACAAUGGCAACAACGUGCGCACGCGUACAUCGUCUGCAACAUCCUCGCUGACAGCGCACAGCGGUGAUAGCAUAAUGCCAGCAACCACAAUAGCAACAACAGCAACAGCAACAGCAACGGCAAUGACAACAACUGCUGUGCCAACUACAAUGGACUGGCAGACAACAGCUGCUACCGCCACUCCCGUAAAUUCCAUGUCGCCGUCUGACGAUCGUCGUUUAUUAAAUCACGGAAGUCAUAUAGCAAAGUCAUCGCCAUCGUUGUCGUCGUCGUCGUCGUCGUCGCUAGCAACAAAACAAGAAAAACUUAGCACUUCGUCGGAAGCAUUUUUUGGUGGAGUUGUUUCUGCUGACGUUGGCAAAUCAUUUCGCAAUUCCGAUGACUCGACACUACUCGAUGGAAUUUACGAUAAUUUCAAUGUUUACGGAUUCCCAAAUCGCCAAUUCGAAGUUGCGGUAGAAAAUUUCCAUGGGCCACAUCCAGUCUGCGGCACAGAUGGUCGCACCUAUAAUACGGAAUGUCAAUUGAAGAAACGAGCGUGCCGCACCAAUAAUCCGUCGCUAACUGUUGCCUAUCGAGGACAUUGCCGAACUUCUUGCAACGGUGUGAAAUGCCUCGGUGGUCUUACAUGUGUCGAAGAUCAAUAUACCAUACCACACUGUAUCGCUUGCAAAAUCGAUUGCCCCGAAGAUGAUGCUGCCGCGGCUGCCUCGCACGCAAUUGACCCAAAGCGCGCUGUGUGCGGUGUCGAUGGCAAGACAUACCGUAGUGUUUGUGAUAUAAAUCGAAUGAUUUGCAAGAGUGGACGUUCAAUUGCCGUCGCAUAUCCGGGACCGUGUCGGGCCGACCGUCCAACUUGCAAUGAAAUAAACUGCGGUCACAAACACACCUGCCUCGUGGAUUUGCUAACUCAUGAGCCGCGCUGUGUAACCUGUAGUUAUAAAUGUGCAAGGAAACGACGACCAACGUCGCUGCGUUUUGAGGAGGGCAAAAUUUGUGGAGUAAACAAUCAUACAUAUAAUUCGUGGUGUGAACUGCGACGAGAUUCUUGCAAUACUGGCUUUUUCAUCGAUAUUAAGUCGCCAGGGGAAUGCAACUAGAAUAGCACAAUUAUUAAAACGAAGAAGAAUAAAAAUAAAAAAAAAACGAAAACGAAAAAAAAUAAAGUGGUAAAAGAACUAACACAAAAAUAAAUCAAAUACAGGGACAUAACAGUUAUAAGUUUUAUCGGAAAAACGUUGUUCCAUAACUGUUAUUAGACGAUAAAUAUUUUUUUAUUUCGCCGAUAAGAGUUAUAACCCAACUUUUACUUUUUACGUU